AUGAAAUCACUUAAUCUAUAAUUUGGAGACAAUAGGUAGAAUUAGAGAGAAGACAUGUUUCUUGCUAAUAUAGUUGAAAAAGUGUAAUUAGGAAAAAUUGGAUUGAUAUCCUUUGUUGAUUAAGCACAAUUUAUUGAUUUGAUGGGUUAGAAAUACAAAAAGAAAACAAAAGUUCAACCUGUAUUCAACAAAAUAUAUGCAGCAAUUUAAGUAAAUUUAGCGAAACAUUAGCAAUCAUAAUAAAAGAAAGAGGAAGUAAGUUAUGAGAUAAAAACAAUAUCAUCAACUCGGUAAUUAGGUUAUAGAGGAUCAUUUAAUAUUUCUAAUAAAAGUGGUGCUAUACUAUUACAUAAGGAUAGUAAUUUGAAAGAACAUCUUACAUAUGAAUUUAGUGAUAAGGAAAUUUAAGAUUAGUAAAUAUUAGAUGAAGCAACAAAAACAGAAAGAAGCAAGAAAAAUUAUAGAUUGUCUUAGAUUACAACAGAUAAAAAUGAAAUAAAAGGAUUUAAGACAAUUUAGACUAGUCAUGAUAAUACAUAGGAUCAUUUAUUGAAAUAGGAUAAUUUAUCGACAGCAAGGAAUGAAAAAUAAAAUUAUAAUUUGUUGACAUAAGAACAUUCUGAUUAAUCAUAAUCUUAAAUAAAAAUGGAAUCACAAUAAUCAUGUUUGAUUCCAAGUGAAAAAUUGAGGUAUGGAUUAAAUACAAACUUUACUUCUGAAUUAUCAAAUGGAUAAGUGUAAAAUUAAUCUGCAACAUUUAAUUAAUUAAAUAAUUAAUAAGGGUAGAAUUAAUAAUAAUAGCCUUUAACAUCUAGAAAAUAAUCAGAUGUCUUAUUAAAGUCAAUAAAAGAUAAUUAUCCUUAAUAGGCAUAUUUAAUAAGUUAAACACAAAAUAAUUAAAGAAAAACAUUAACACCAGUUUCACAAUAAAAAUAACCUUAUGGAUUAAUUGCAAAUUAGAAAUAAAAUGAUAUAAAUUAUUAAUAGAAGAAUAACAAUAAGAUUGAUAAAUAAUAGAUAAUAAUAAAAACUUAAAAAGGUAAUCAUAAAUAAAAAUAAUCAUAAUAAGAUUUUAAAUAGUAAAAGAAAGUUUAGCAUAAACCUUAUAAUUCUUUAGUAGAAAAAUAAUAAUAAAUAAUUGAUCAAAUGAAAAUUGAGUAAUAAAAAUAAAUAACAUAAGAGACAAGUUUUUGCCAAUAAUAAAAUAAUUCAUAAAGAGCUACAAGAAGAGACUUAGAUGAACGAUAAUAAGAAAGCCCUUAAUUUAUAAAAACAGAUAAUAUAGAAGAUAUGAUUAUAACACACUCUCCAUAAUAAUCAUAAUAAAAGGAAUUUAGAUAAAUAAAUACUUAUAGACCAGAAACGAAUCCUCUUAAUAUUAGUGAACAUUCUUUUUAAUCUAAAAGACAUACAUUAGAUUAAUAUGAUAUAAAUUCUUUAAUGCCUCCAUAAUCUUCUAGAACUUUAACUUCAGCUCAUAAGGAUAAAACAGAUCAAAGAAAUUCAGUUAGCAAUAAUUCAGAAACUGAUUAAAAAUAACAUAAGAAUUAAUUAACUGUUUCUUUUAAGAGAGGUUCAAAACGAAUGAAGUCUCAUAAUAUUUAAGGAAAUGAAAAUGAAUAUGUUUAAUAAGAGGAAGAUAAAAUAAGAAGAUAUUCAUAAGAAAGAUUAUUUAAAAGUGAUAAUAGAUUUGAAAAACUUGAAGAGGAUAGAUACUAAUAUACAAUUAAUAAUCUAGAAUAAACUGGAAGCUCAUCUUCAUUAAAUAAUUAUGAAAAUGAAAAUAAUAAUUAAAUAAAUAUUUAAGUGAGUAGAUGUGAUAAUCGAGAAAAUAUAAUAGAAGAAGAAUCAUUAGAUGGUUCUAUGAGAUAACAUAAAGCAAUUUUAUUUUCAACUCAGGAUAGAAUGCAUCUAAAAAUUGGUGAUAAUUCAUAUCUUCCAUAAUCAUCUUCUAGAAGUGUAGCUAAAUCUAUUACUCCUAAUACUCCUAUGGGAUCUUUAUAACAUAGUAAUAAUGGCACUAUUCAUACUAAUUAAGUUUAAAAGAAGAAGAAAUUAACUAAUCAACAUAAAAGACCCUAAUUAUCUAAUGAAUAUUCUCAAACUAAAAUUUCUAUCUAGAAAUAAAAGUCAGAAGAUAGUUAUUAUGAAAAAGAAUACACUAAUGAAUCAUCAUAAGAACCUGAAAGAACAAGUAGAUUAAAACCUAAAAAACUUUAAUAAAAAUUGUAACCACCUCCCCUCUAAAUUUAACCAUAAAGGAGAAAAUCUUCAGCCUAAGUCUCUCCUAUGGAUGUAAUAUUAUAAUUCUUAUUUUUUCAAGCCUAGAAGAAUGGAAUAAUAAGAAAGAGAAAAAUAAAAAUAAAUUGAAUAUUAAAAAUAAAUUGAGAGAAUGAAAUUAGAAAGAGAAUUAAUGGAACACUAUAAAAUUCCUGAAGAUAUGCCUCUUCCUUAAAAAAAAUAAAUAAUUGAAUCAUUAAUUGGAGAAUUAGGUCAUUAACAUGAUUAAGAUGUACAAUAUUAAGUUUCCCUAUGUAUUAUUUUAUUUAUUUUUUAGAUAAUGAAAGAUAAGAUUAAAUUUAAAAUAUCUAAAAAAAUUAUGAAGAAAAAAUUGAUUUUAGAUAUAAUAUUGUAAAUAGUUGCUAUUAUGAAAUGGAUUAUUUAUGUGAUCAUAAAUUAAAAUUAAAAUAAAAAGAUUAAGAAGCUUAAAAAAUUAUACAUUUAAAAUUUUAAGAUUAACAUUAUAACAAUCAACCGAAAUUAAACCAAAAUGGAGAUAAAGAAGAAGAAGAAGAAGGUUCUCCAUUUAAAAAAUAGGCUAAAUUAGUUUGCAAUUUUGAUCCUGUUGAAAUAGAAAACUAAUUGAAGAGAAGAUACGAAUUUGUAAAUGAAACUGAACUUCUCAAAUUUCUUAAAUCAUUUUAAUCUGAAUUUGACAAAAAAGUUUAUUAAUGCAAUCUCGACUAUCCUAUUCAAGAUAUUAGAUAAGAAGAUAAGCAAUUCACUAAAGGGCUUAUUGCUAGGAAUUUCAAAAGAAAAUAGACAAAAAAUGUCACAUCAAAAAUUGAAAUUAAUAAUUAUUAAAUGGAUAUGAAUAAAAUUUAAUAUGUUAAAGAAAAAGCUACAAAAAUAUAAAAACUAGGCUUUUAUCUUUUAAUGAACUCUUGA